UUUUGGAAAAUUGGUCGUUUUACAAAAUUGCCGGUCAUUAUGCAAAAAGACCAAAUUCGUGGUCACAUUGCAAAAUGACCUAAAUUUCUCAACAUUUUGCAAAACGACCAAGAUUUUGGUCAGUUUACAAAAUAAACAGUAUUUUUGUUGGUCCGUUUACAAAAUCUCCAUACAGUAAGCAGCCAGAUGGAAAAAAAAGCGAGGGAAUGAUAAAACGUUACAGUUGCAGUACAUAACCAAUGAGUAUGCUUAACUGUCCUUAUUUUAGGUUCAGCUAAUCAUCUCACACACACACACACACACACACACACACACACACACACACACACACACACACACACACACACACACACACAAAGUUCGAACCACUUCUUUUUGAACACACACACACACACACACACACACACACACACACACACACAUUUAUCGCACAGCUGGAUUUCCCCCUGAACUCAUAUGAGUAUGUCACCCUUGUUAAUCUUCGUUCAAUCUCUGCUGGCCUCGCUGCCACUCUCUCCUGUAAAUUAUCUCUUAUGAUAUUGGUUCAUUUACUGGUUUGUCAUUCACUCUUGUAUGUGUAGGCGCCGUCAUCGAAGGGCAGGUAAGAUAGAUUAGUUAGCUUGUGUAGAAAAUAGAAAUGAUAAGUGAUGAAAUUAAUGGAAAAGCAUGUGACAAAGGGAUGACUAAAGGAUAGGCGGGAAAGGGAGAUAUUGGUUCAUUUACUGGUUUGUCAUUCACUUUUGCAAAUUACUGGUUCAUUGCUGGUCGAUCAUUCACUUAAUAUCCUCCCCCCUCUUCCCCCCCCCUCUCUCUCCACAAUAGUAAUGGGAGCUGACUGUUGAUACUGUGGUCAGUCAGGCACUGCUGAAAGCCAGGAGAAGACGACCAACGUAGUGUUACUCCCAGUACUUUGUGUGUAUUUUAUUAUACUCUGGAAAUCUGUACAAUGGAAAAUAGAAAAACUGAUUUUUAUUCAAAGCUGAUAGCGGCUGAGGAGAAGAAGGCAUCAAAUACUUCGAGUUUGUUGUACAGAAAUGAAUGCGAACAAAUUAUGAAUCGCUUGGAUGAACUUAAACGUGUUAACAUUAAAAAGACUCUGAAAGACUAUCGUUUGUUACGAAAGUAUGAAAUCCUUGAAGUCACAGUUGAAGGUAUCACCGUUAAGAAAUUGCAGAAAAAGGGAACUAAUCUUAGAUUCGUAUGCGCUGAAGAUGUGUUCGAUGUGAUCGAUGCUAUUCAUCGUGCACGUGGGCAUGGAGGUAGAACUAUUGUCUUUAGGGAAACAAGUGAAAAAUAUGCCAAUGUUUCAAGAUCCCAAAUUGAGUUGUAUUUACAGUUCUGUGAGGAGUGUCAUCUGAAAAAAAGCACUGUACGCAAGUCUGUGACUGUGAAGCCAAUUGUAUCCAACAGUAUGAACUCACGAGCUCAGGUCGACUUGAUCGAUAUGCAGAGCCAGCCAGAUGGAAAACAUCGUUUCAUUCUGAACUACCAGGAUCACUUGACGAAGAUGGUGUGUCUUCGGGCUCUACAGACGAAAACUGCUGAAGAGGUUGCUUUCCACCUCGUUGAUAUAUUCUGUGACAAAGGAGCCCCCCAUAUCCUGCAGUCUGACAAUGGAAGAGAAUUCUCAAAUAAGCUUGUCAAGGAAGUUCUGAUGAUGUGGCCAGAGUGCAAGAUGGUUCAUGGCAAACCACGACAUUCCCAAUCGCAGGGCUCGGUGGAACGUGCCAACAGGGAUAUUGAAGCCAUUCUCGCAUGUUGGAUGAAGGACAACAACUCUACACAAUGGUCACAGGGACUGCGCUUUGUCCAGUGGAAGAAAAAUACCCGCUUUCACUCCGGAAUUGGAAGGACACCAUAUGAGGCCAUGUAUGGACAGAAGGCUCGUCUUGGUGUUGACGCAAAUUCUGUACCAGAGGAAGUCCUGGACGAUAUGCAGACGGAGGAGCAGCUUGCAGAGGCACUAGGUGUUGUCAAUGAGGUCACAGACACAGAGGAGGAAGAGACAGGUGUUGAAAAGCAAGAAGAAGCAUCUGCUGUCAUUAACUGCAUCUCCUGUGGCAAAAGAUAUUUUGGUUUAAAUGUGUGCAAUGUGUGUGAGAACCCAUGUCACUCUAAUACUCCGUGUUCUAUGAGGAAUAACGAUGCUGAUGAGUCUGUGCUUUGUUCCAUCUGCAGUCGGAGUCAGAGUAUUCAUACUGAACAAAUGAAGUCCAACAUAGAACAACAGAAACAAGCCCAAAAAAAGAUCGAUAAUUCUGUGAAGAGAUUUCAACCAGCCAAGGUAGGGGAAACUGUGAUGGUUCCUGUUCCAUUAGUUGACCGCGGACGUGCAGAGUUUCCUAAUGUGAAGGCAGUUGUUUUUCAGGCAUUGGACAAUGGCACAUAUAAGCUUGGUACAAAACACGGCCUGCUUAAACAAGCGUACACUCGCAACCAAUUUACUCCAUGUCUAGAAAAAUUCCUUUCUCUUGAUGAUGUUGUACAGGAGCGGGAAGUAAGUCUGCGGGAAGUAGCAAUUGCAGAAUCAAUGGGACAAGGUCAGGGAUUCGCUAAAUGCUCUUGCACUAAGUCAUGUAUGACCAGACGCUGCAAGUGUUUAAAAAACUCUGUAUUAUGCAACAGCAGAUGCAAAUGCAGUGCCUCUUGCUCCAACAAGGUCGACACACAAUAAAAUUAGUUAUGUUCACUACGUUUUAUCAUUCCCUCGCUUUUUUUUUCAUCUGCCUGCUUGCUGUAUGGACAUUUUGUAAACUGACCAACGAUAAUUUUGUAAACUGACCAAAAUCUUGGUCGUUUUGCAAACUGACCAACGAUAAUUUUGUAAACUGACCAAAAUCUUGGUCGUUUUGCAAAAUGUUGAGAAAUUUAGGUCAUUUUGCAAUGUGACCAC